UCUACGCAGGCUCAGUUGGGGACACGUCUAUUUCCAUCCUUUCCCGCUUAGCUUCCAGAGCUGGGAGAGGGAGAAAUAGAUCUCAAGGAUCCUGGGUUCUAAUUCUAUCAUCGAGGUUACCUGGCGGCGUGACCCGAGCUAGACCCUUGAGCCUCACCUUUUUCUUCAGCUGUUAAAAGGGGCGCACUACGUACGUGAGGACUAGCUGCAGCCUGCACUGAUUGCGCACCGAGUGCCACAAGGAACUUGUAGAUACCUAUAGACAAUAAGCACUGAUCGAGCGCCUGUGGAAAAAGGCAAACAGAGGCCCCGCCCUCUCGGGUCUGCGCACCGAGGGAGAAGCUGGGGCACCUUAUUGAGGGAGACAAGACUUGGGAAAGGUCAGAGUCUCAAAGAAAACACCGAAAAAGGAUUGAUUUUGGAGGACCAUGGCAUUCAAGAAAAAGAAAUUACUGACAUUCCAAGAUGUGGCUGUGGAAUUCACCCAGGAGGAAUGGAGCUAUUUGGAUCCUGGCCAGAAGGACAUGUACAGGGAUGUGAUGCUGGAGAACUAUGAGAACUUUCUACUUCUAGGGCUUCCAGUAACUAAACCAGCUGUGAUUUCUCGCCUGGAGAGACAUGAAGCCCCCUGGCUAUCAAAGGAAGACCCCAGAUGCAUUUCUGAAGAUUUCUCUGUUGAAAAAAAAGAAUUUGAAACCAAGGAGUCAAUUCCAAAACAGUAUAUUCCUACCAGAGAGCCAUCCAGAGAGAGACUCAUAAAGGAUGAUUUCUGGGAUUCUAAAUUUGGAGAAGCUUGGAAUUAUGACAUUGAAUUAGAAAGUCAGAUAAACAACCUGGAAAGACAAUCCAUGAAGCUAAUAAUUAAGUGCAGCAAAACUUCAUAUAGCAGAAUUUCCAUGGAGAAGAACUUUUGUAAGCUUAAUAAAUUUAAGAAGUGUUAUCAUCACCAUUCAGAACAUAAUCUUUACCAUAGAGUAUGCUCUCAGGGAAAACCUCAUAGAAUUCAUGAAUGCAGCAAAACCCUCCACAUUAAUUCAUGCUGUAGUGUACAUGGAAGAAUUCAGGCUGGAGUGAAAGCUCAUAAAUCUGGUGACUGUGGUAAGGCUUCCAGCUACGAUUCAGACCUUGCUGUUCAUCAGAAAAAUCUGGAAGAAAAGCCUAUAAAGCAAUGUAAUAAAGGUAGGAGAACUUUGAGUCAGAGGAGAUGUGUUUGUCAACAUAAGAAACCCUAUAAAUGUAAUGAAUGUGGAAAAGCCUUCAGCUGGAAGAGAAACCUUUACAUACAUAAGAGAAUUCAUACAGGAGAGAAACCACAUAAAUGUAAUGAAUGUGGAACAACCUUCAGAUAUAAGAUAACUCUAGAUAUGCAUCAAGCAGUUCAUUUUGGGGAGAAGCCUUUUAAAUGUAAUGAAUGUGGAAAAGCCUUCUGGCAGAAGGGACACCUUAAUUCACAUAAGGUAAUACAUACUGGAGUGAAACCCUAUAAAUGUAUUCUAUGUGAGAAAGCCUUCAGCUGUAAGAGAAACCUUGAUCUACAUGACACAAUUCAUACUGGCCAGAAGCCCUAUAAAUGUAAUGAAUGUGGAAAAGCCUUCAUCCGGAGUGAGCACCUUAAAAGGCAUAAGACAGUUCAUACUGGAGAAAAACCAUAUAAAUGUAAAGAAUGUGGAAAAGCCUUCAGUUAUAAAGAAGGUAUUUAUUCACAUAAGAGAAUUCAUACUGGAGUGAAGCCCUAUAAAUGUAAUGAAUGUGGGAAAGCCUUCAUCUGGAAUGGUGGUCUUAAUUCACAUAAGGUAAUACAUGCUGGAGUGAAAUCCUAUACAUGUAAUGAAUGUGGAAAAUUCUUCAGACAUAGGGAAGGCCUUAAUUCACAUAAGAUAAUUCAUACUGGAGAGAAACCCUAUAAAUGUACUAUAUGUGAGAAAGGCUUCAGUUGUAGGAGAAGCUUUAAUCUACAUGAGGCAAUUCAUUCUGGGCAGAAACCUUAUAAAUGUAAUGAGUGUGGAAAAGCCUUCAUCCGGAAUGAUCACCUUAAAAGGCAUAAGAAAGUUCAUACUGGAGAAAAACCAUAUAAAUGUAAUGAGUGUGGAAAAGCCUUCAGUUGUAAAGAAGUUAUUUAUGUACAUAAGAAAAUUCAUACUGGCCAGAAGCCCUAUAAAUGUAAUGAAUGUGGAAAAGUCUUUAGGCAGAUUGGACACCUUAUUUCACAUAAGAGAAUUCAUACUGGAGAGAAACCCUAUAAGUGUAAUGAAUGUGAAAAAGCCUUCAGGGAGAAAGGGGGCCUUAAUAGACAUAAGAUAAUUCAUACUGGGGAGAAACCUUAUAAAUGUAAUGAAUGUGGAAAAGCCUUCAACUAUAAGGGACAUCUGAAUAGACAUAAGAAAACGCAUAUAGAAGUGAAACCAUAGAUGUAAUGAAUGUGGAAAAGCCUUCAAAUGUAUGGGAAACCUUAAUUUAUAUAAGAGAAUUCAUAUUGAAGAGAAGCCCUACAAAUCCAAGGAAUGUGGAAAAACUUUUAAGUGGUAUAGAAGCUUUGAAAAACAAAUUCAUACUGGAGGGAAAUUUGUUGAAUGAACUAAUGUUGAAGCAGACUGAAAUAAAAUCCAAACUUUGAAUGUAAUAAAAUUGAGAAAACUUUCUUGCACAUUUAAAACUUAAGAAACAUAAGAUAAUUCAUACUGGAGAGAAAUAUAAAUGUAAAGAAUGUGAGAAAGCUUUCAACUAGCAGGAAUGCUUAAUAAAUCCAGCAGAACCCAUACUGGACAGGAACUUUUUUCAGUGCUAUUUAUUUUACCUGAAAAUACUUCAUGGGUUUCAGCAGCAAUAACAGAUUAGGUAGUUAUCCAGGAUUUAGCAGUGUCUCUGGGAUCAGAGGGCCUGGAAUAUCAUAUUCCAGAAGGCAAAGGACCUGGGGUUACAACCAAGAAUUAACUACCCAACUGGAUUGAGCA